UAGUGCGGAGCUGUUAGUUUUUGAAUGUUGUUGAAGAUGGCCGAUGAGCUUCGGAUUAGUUAACGUAUAAAAGUCCUUUUAACUAAUUACAAAUCGUACUUUGAUAUAAAACGGUUUUAUGAUAAGUUAUAUAAUUGAAAAUAGAUACCUUUUAAUAAAAAUAAAAUGAUUAUACAGGAGCCAGUUCAGGCAGCUAUCUGGCAUGCAUUAGAUCAUUAUGCUUAUGGGGAUGCCAUUUUCUUGGCUGAAAGGCUCUGCGCAGAAGUAUCUUCUGAUGAUUCACUAUUUCUUUUGGCAACAUGCUAUUAUCGGGCAGGGAAACCGGCAUCUGCUUAUUCCAUUCUUCAUAGAAAAGGCUGUCGAACGUCACAAUGUUCAUUUCUUUUAGCCAGAUGCUGCAUGGAUUUGAAGAAAUAUGGAGAAGCAGAACUAGCUUUAACAGGCGGUAGUAUUGCAAAAACGAAAAGUAUUGAAGACAUCAUAAAUGAAUACGGAGAUGCAGCUUCAUUUGCAUUACAGCUAUUUGCUGAAUUGUGUAGAAAAACAGAACGUCGUGGUAAAGCAAUAGAAAGUUAUAGAAAAAGUCUUAAACUUAAUCCGUUUCUUUGGACAUCUUACGAAUCAUUAGUUAAUUUAGGUGAAAGAUUAGACCCUACAAAAAUAUUUAAUGUAACUAACUUAGAGAAUUUCAACACAUGUCAGGGUAAUAAUCCUCUUGUAAAUUUAAUGAAUAAAAAUAUGUCAAACACAGGAAAUUCAGGAGUCUCGGAAAGUAUUUCUACACCCGAAAUAAAUCAGGAUACUAGUCAGAUUACAGGAAAAGUUUCCAUGAUCUCGGCACCUUCCUCUUACUCAGUGCAUUCACCAUUAGCAUUGAUUAGGUCUAAUGUUGAACCGAACAACAUAGAAGUGUUUACACCAGAAAAUAACAUUUGGGUACCUGUUAGUAAUAAUUCUGUUAUGAAAUCUAUUAGCAAUAAAACAGUGUCACGUGUUAGUCAUAGCAUGUUUGGAGGGCCAACAUCAAUUAGUACUUUAACUCCUAGUUUUGGAGUAUUAUUACUCGAUUCUUCUUCUUCCACUGGUGGAAAUACAGCCGUAAUAUCUAAUAACAGUAGUACUCUAGCAUAUAUCACACCUUCUCCAUCUCCUUUAAUCGAUGCACAGAGUAAUGACCCCCGUGCUUCUGCCAAAAAGUCAAUGACAAGGAGGAGUCAGUCAAUAAAUACGCCAAAGUUUCAAAUCUUCAGUCAGUCUGGAAAUAACAACAAUACUACAAAUUUUAACAUCUCUCAAACCCCUUCUCUUCAGUCUAGCCUUCCUCCCGGUAGUUUAAGUAAUGUCAGAAGAAGUUCGCGUCUGUUUAGUAGCUCUAAUUCAGUUAAAGAAAACAACAAAAGUUCCAACAGAACUGGAAGAUUUAUCUCCACAAAAACACCUACUAAGAAGACUAAAACUAGGUCUACGAAGAAUUCCUUAACACAACCAAAGGAAAGUGAAUUAAAUGAACUAAAUAAAUCAGAUGUUCAAUUAGAAGAAAAGAUAUAUUCAAACAACAGUGCAACGGUCACACAAACUGCUUUAAAUAUGCAAAAGUCUUCAGCAGAAGGAUUAAUGCAACUACUACAAGAACUCGGUUGGGCUUGUCUAUAUCUCGGACACUUUUGUUGUCGAAAAGCCAUAGAAGUUCUUAGUAGGCUACCUUCUCAUCAUUACUAUACGGGUUGGGUGCUUACGGCACUAGGAAGAGCACAUUUUGAACUAGCAGAAUACGAACAGGCAAUUAACAUAUUUCAAGAAGUUCGUAGGCUCGAGCCACAUAGAGUGAAAGGUAUAGAAUAUUAUAGCACUGCACUGUGGCAUAUGCAACAAGAAGUAGCCCUUUCUGGUUUAGCCCAGGAAUUAACAGAAUUUGACAAAGAGGCAGCUGAGACUUGGUGCACAGCAGGAAAUUGUUUUAGUUUACAAAAAGAACAUGAAACUGCCAUUAAAUUCUUAAAAAGAUCUAUACAAAUAGAUCCAGAUUUUGUUUACGCCUAUACAUUACUAGGACACGAACACGUAUUAACGGAAGAGAUGGACCGUGCCAUUCAUUGCUUUAGAAAUGCAUUAAAAAUCGACAUACGUCAUUAUAAUGCUUGGUAUGGUGUUGGUAUGAUAUAUUACAAGCAGGAAAAAUUUACUUUAGCAGAAACACAUUUCAAAAGAGCUCUUGCGAUUAAUCCUCAAAGUUCAAUUCUUAUGUGUCAUAUUGGAGUUGUUCAGCAUGCAUUGAAAAAGAUGGAUGCUUCUCUUGCCACAUUAAACAAAGCAAUUGCAAUGGAUCCAAAAAAUCCAUUGUGCAAAUUUCACAGAGCAUCCGUGUAUUUUUCUUUGGAUCGCCAUCAGGAUGCUCUACGAGAGCUCGAAGAAUUGAAGGAGCUCGUUCCCAAAGAAUCUCUUGUAUAUUUUCUCAUAGGAAAGGUGCAUAAAAAGCUUGGUAACACUCACCUAGCAUUAAUGAAUUUUUCGUGGGCUAUGGAUCUAGAUCCCAAAGGUGCUAAUAAUCAAAUAAAAGAGGCAAUCGACAAACAAUACACUAAUGACGAUGAAGAAGUAGUUACACCGCACGAACAAGUAGUGGACGAUGUCGCAAGUGUCAGCUCGGGCCCCGUCGAUCAUGAAUCGUCUCACGACAGUUCGGUAGUAGACGUAGAAGACAUGCAGUUACAGACGAUGGAAAGUGACGAGAGUUUUUGAGAAAAGUCAAAGCAGAGAGAGUAAAUUAAAAAGAAACAUCCGUAACACGAAAAAAAGCUGCGUCUCUGUAUAAAAAGUCCGGCAAAGUUCAGACUUUUCGGAACAGAUUAAAUGUGUGUCCUUUGUAAUUAAAUGAUGUGUAAUCUGUAAAUUAUAAUUAUAGAAUCAAGUCGGUCUAGCUGCGAGACAUCGUUGUUGAAAGAUUCCUCUCUAAUCAAACAAUACACCGAAAACAGUGUUUUGUGUAUCCAGUUGAGUUUGCAGUGAUUGGAUAAUUAUGGAAGUUUCAUUUCUGUAUUAUAUAUAAAUAUACCUAUAUACAUACAUAUAUAUAUAUUAUAUAUAUAGCCAUAUUUGAAAGUCAUUUAUUUAUUUGUAAGGCUAUAAAUGCAGAAAAGUAAUUGGUGUUCGAUAUGUAGUCGAAAGGAAAAAAAAAACCAAAAAAAUCAUUCCAUUAUGCGGACAGGUCCAACGUUCGAUUCUUGUAUAUGUCUGUAAAGGAAACUGCCAUCAAAAUUCCAUGAAGCUGUGAUGUAUUGUUAUCGGUUGUUUUUGCAGAAGGGAAAAAACAAGAAAAUAAGCAGGUGGGCCAAACACAAUUGUAUAUAUUGUAUGGUUUGAUGUAACCUUUGCCAAGCUAAAAAAAAAAAGAGAUGUCGAUCAUUAUACAUGUACACUGCUCACAGAUUAUAUUGCAUUAAAAGAGACAGAAUUGAGAGAGAGAAGAAUGUUUAAAA